GGUAUUAACGUGGGAAAGAUAAAAGAAAAGAGUGGUUCAGCACUUGUCUAGUCUGAAUGUUCAGCUAGCUAUGCAAUAUAUAUAUGCAAGGUCUUACCACUCCCUCCUGCAGUACUGUUGCUUUGUUCCACUGUUGUGUGUGUGGCAUUCUUGUACUGCAUUUCUACCAGCUGUGGGCACGGUGUUUCAUCAGGAUCAGUCGUGUCUAUUUCUGUCUGCCCUGUGAUCGCUUGAGACGAGGUCUGCUAGGAAGGAAAAUCUGCUUCAUCUGAAUAAACACAUAUAUACUGAUAUCUCCUUGUAGCAGACACUCUCCCGUCGGUGGAUGUCAACACAUUCACCUGUAUUUUUGUUGUAGCAGCACAAUCAGUGGUUCUCUCUUGAUGACUGGCUCAUAAUGUUCUGAAAUCCUUUCUACAGUUGGCGUAUCCACUGAGUUUCUUUUGAUCUUCACUAAUCUGAGUCUGUCGAGUAUCUAAAGUAGAUGGGUCAGAGCAAACUUCUAGCUUGUGCAAGAUGAAUGCUACUAUACUAUUGAUCCUUGUUAUGUGACUUAUGUCUUUUCAUGCUGAAUUAUCACUCCAUAAGAUCGUGUAAUUCUCAUAAGUAAUUUACUUAGAAAUUUUGGUGCAUCACCAUCAACGAGUUUCUCUAUGGCAACCAUAUUGGGUUCUUUGAUUGGAUCAUGCGUAAACAAGUUGCAAGGCAUCAUUACAGAGGAGGCAAUACUAAUUUUAGGUGUAGAAGAAGAACUCAAAAAACUGCAGAAAAGAAUGAAACAAAUACAGUGCUUUCUCAGUGAUGCUGAGCGAAGGGGAAUGGAAGACUCAGCAGUACACAAUUGGGUUUCUUGGCUAAAAGAUGCUAUGUAUGAUGCUGAUGACAUUAUCGAUUUGGCUAGUUUUGAAGGAAGCAAGCUAUUAAAUGGCCAUUCUUCUUCACCAAGAAAAACAACUGCAUGCGGUGGGCUUUCACCUCUCUCUUGCUUUUCCAAUAUUCAGGUUCGCCAUGAGAUUGGUGAUAAAAUUAGAAGUCUGAACCGGAAAUUAGCGGAAAUAGAAAAGGAUAAAAUAUUUGCAACACUUAAGAAUGCACAACCAGCUGAUAAAGGUUCAACAUCAGAACUGAGAAAAACAUCUCACAUUGUUGAACCCAACCUUGUGGGGAAAGAGAUAUUAAAAGUUUCUAGAAAUUUGGUGUGCCACGUGCUUGCACACAAGGAAAAGAAGGCUUACAAGCUUGCUAUUGUUGGAACAGGGGGAAUCGGAAAGACAACACUUGCUCAGAAAUUAUUCAAUGAUCAGAAAUUAAAAGGAAGCUUCAACAAACAUGCUUGGAUUUGUGUUUCUCAGGACUACUCCCCGUCCUCUGUUUUGAGACAACUACUUAGAACCAUGGAGGUUCAGCACAGACAGGAAGAAUCAGUUGGCGAGCUCCAAAGCAAGCUUGAAUUGGCUAUUAAAGAUAAGAGUUAUUUUCUUGUGUUGGACGAUGUAUGGCAGCAUGAUGUAUGGACCAAUCUACUACGAACUCCACUGCAUGCUGCAACCUCAGGAAUAAUUUUGAUAACUACUCGGCAAGAUAUUGUCGCUAGGGAAAUUGGGGUUGAGAAACAGCAUCGUGUUGACCAAAUGUCACCAGCUGAUGGUUGGGAGCUACUCUGGAAGAGCAUUAGCAUUCAGGAUGAAAAAGAAGUGCAAAAUCUGCGAGACAUAGGGAUCAAGAUUAUUCAGAAAUGUGGUGGUCUACCUCUUGCAAUCAAGGUUAUUGCUAGAGUUUUGGCAAGCAAAGAUAAAACAGAGAACGAAUGGAAAAGGAUUUUAGAUAAAAAUGUUUGGUCCAUGGCUAAACUUCCUAAAGAAAUAAGAGGUGCUCUAUAUCUAAGCUAUGAUGAUUUACCACAACAUUUAAAGCAAUGUUUUCUUUAUUGUAUUGUAUUUCCUGAAGACUGGACCAUUCAUCGUGAUUACCUUAUUAGGAUGUGGGUUGCCGAAGGCUUUGUAGAAGUGCACAAAGAUCAAUUACUUGAAGAUACAGCAGAAGAAUACUACUAUGAGCUAAUAAGUAGGAAUCUCCUCCAACCAGUUAACACAUCUUUUGAUAAGAGCCAAUGCAAAAUGCAUGAUCUCUUAAGGCAACUUGCUUGUUAUAUAUCAAGAGAAGAAUGCUAUAUUGGAGAUCCAACAUCAUGUGUGGAUAAUAACAUGUGUAAACUGCGACGCAUUUUAGUUAUCACCGAGAAAGAUAUGGUUGUCAUACCUAGCAUGGGUAAGGAGGAGAUUAAGUUGAGAACUUUUAGAACCCAACAACAUCCAGUUGGAAUUGAGAACACAAUUUUUAUGAGAUUUAUGUAUCUUCGUGUUUUGGAUUUAUCUGACUUACUUGUGGAAAAAAUACCAGAUUGUAUUGGACAUUUAAUUCAUCUACAUUUACUUGAUCUUGAUAGAACCUGCAUAUCUUGUCUUCCAGAGUCUAUUGGUGCUCUAAAAAAUCUCCAAAUGUUACACUUGCAUAGGUGUAAAUCUUUGCACAGUUUGCCUACUGCAAUCACUCAGUUAUAUAAUUUAAGACGGCUUGAUAUAGUUGAGACACCAAUAAAUCAGGUCCCAAAAGGGAUAGGAAGACUAAAAUUUCUCAAUGAUUUAGAAGGAUUCCCUGUCAGUGGUGGAAGUGACAAUGCUAAAAUGCAAGAUGGAUGGAAUUUGGAAGAGUUGGCUGAUCUUUCAAAGUUGAGACGGCUUAUUAUGAUAAACUUGGAAAGAGGUACUCCUCACAGUGGUGUAGACCCAUUUCUGCUAACAGAGAAAAAGUAUCUCAAAGUUCUGAAUCUAUGGUGCACUGAACAGACAGAUGAAGCAUAUUCAGAGGAAAAUGCUAGCAACGUUGAGAACAUCUUCGAGAUGCUAACACCUCCACACAACUUACGAGAUCUUGUUAUUGGGUAUUUCUUUGGUUGUAGAUUCCCCACCUGGCUUGGUACUACCCAUUUGCCUUCAGUGAAAUCCAUGAUCCUCGCAAAUUGCAAAUCCUGUGUGCACCUUCCACCAAUCGGACAGCUACCAAACUUGAACUACUUGAAAAUUAUUGGAGCAAGUGCAAUCACCAAGAUUGGACCCGAAUUCGUUGGCUGCAGGGAAGGUAAUCUCAUAUCCACAGAGGCAGUUGCUUUCCCCAAGCUCGAAAUGUUGAUCAUCAAGGAUAUGCCCAACUGGGAGGAGUGGUCCUUUGUUGAACAAGAAGAAGAAGAGGUGCAGGAGGAGGAAGCAGUUGCAGCAGCCAAGGAAGGGGGAGAGGAUGGAACUGUUGCUUCGAAGCAAAAGGGGAAAGUAGCCCUGUCUCCAAGGUCAUCGUGGCUGAUGCCUUGUUUGAGGAGGUUGGAUCUUUGGGACUGCCCCAAGCUGAGGGCUCUCCCACCACAGCUUGGACAGACCAACUUGAAGGAGCUCCUUAUAAGAUACACAAGUUGAUUGAAGACGGUGGAGGACCUCCCGUUCCUCUCUGGUUUACUUUUAGUUGAAAGAUGUGAAGACCUAGAGAGGAUCUCCAACCUUCCCCAAGUGAGAGAGUUGUUUUUAAAUUGUUGCCCGAAUUUGAGGCAUGUUGAGGAGUUGGGCGGUUUGGAGCAGCUAUGGCUGGAUGAAGGUAUGCACGAGAUCUCUCAGCAGUGGGUCCCUGGGCUUCAGGAGCUACACUGCAAGCUCCAUGGAGAUGAGCAUGAGCUGGUGGUCAACGAGUAGCUCUAAGACCCAAUUAAUUUAGAUGGUGCAAGGUAUGUACACUAAUUGCUUGGGAUUUUUCACUGGAAUAUACUAAUCUUUGGGUUGUACAUUCAUGCUGCUCCUCUGCUCUUCAGCUGUAUGCAUCUAUUCUAGCAUUUGAUAGUCUCCUUAGUUGUUCAUGUUGUGUGCAUUGACUGAUUGUUUAAUCACUUAUAUGAUUUAGUAUUUAUUUCA